AUGAGAGCUGAAGACACAAUGAAGAGCAUUACCACUGAAUACAAGUACGGCGAAGACCUAGACCUUGACAGCUGGACGCCUCCGGAUGCUGAUCUCAUAAAGAAGAUGGUCUCUCAGAUUGAAUACUACUUGUCUGAUGAGAAUUUGGCUAAGGAUGCUUUUCUUUUGAAGCAUGUGAGGAGAAAUAAGAUGGGUUACAUCAAUAUCAAGUUGCUGACAUCUUUUAAAAAGAUUAAACACAUGACCAAAGACUGGCGGGUAACAGCCUACGCCUUGCGCUACUCUUUAAAACUGGAGGUUAAUGAAGAAGGAACCAAAGUGCGCAGACUGAACCCAGUACCUGAGUCAGUCCUCUUUCAUGUAGCAAGCAAACUGCUACUGGUCUGGAACGUGCCAGAUACAAAUCAGACAGAGGACAUGUCACCUCGCAAGAGCACCAUGGAGGCUGCUUUAGCAAUUCUGGAGCCAUUUGGGACCAUCGCUAUGGCUCGGGUCAACCGUCCAGGCAGAGAGCUUCCGCCAGAGCUUCAGAAAUACAGCUACAGAUACCCUGAACUGUUCACUGAGGAAAGUGUGUUGGUCGAAUAUGAGGAUCUGGAAGGAGCUGGACGUGCUUACCACCAACUCUCCCAAUCUGAUGGUAACAUGAGGGUGCUUCUGGUGGGAAAGCCUUCAAAGAAGAAGCCUACCAAGGUGGGGUCAGAGGACAGAAGUAAUGAAAAAUCGAUCUCCAUCUUAAACCGGCGCAUGUCACAGUUGCAGGCUUGUGGUGACGACUCUUCAGCAUGCAGCUCCUCCGAGUCUGAAUUUACCUCCUCGUUGCCGCUCGUCAACGUUCGUCAAUUUUCCUCCGCUCAGGUAUGCAGCCCUUCGAGUAGCCCACGUUCCUGCCCCAGAUUGGCCUGUUCACCCUUACCAGGCCGUCGGAUGUCACCGCUCUUAGCCUCAGAAAUCUGGGGGAGCCCAGACACCAGUCCUGAGCUGCGACGGCGCAACCUCGACCGUUCAUCAGACCGGCCGCAAAGGCGCAAAUUGGCUUCCAAGCCCAAACUAAAGUCAGCUUUAGAGGAGACUAAGCUUAAUAAGAUCGUUCCAAAAGGGACCCUGAAUGGAGAGACGCUGCCGCAGGGAGUGCUGCGUCUACCGUAUGGUCCGGAUGGGAGUAAAGGUUUUCAGGUCAUCAUAGCUAGAAGGCGACUUUGUUGUUCUUUACACAAAUAAAUGACUUAAAUUAGCAGUUUGAUAAAUGUGCUAUGGAUCAUUUUGUCAUGCUGAUUUGCCAGCAUUGUUGUCAUGUGUAGAAGAUGUUAAAUGAAGGUUAUUUAUUUAAUGUAUUUAUUUACUGUAUUUCUCCCAAUUUUCCCAGUCUUCCACUGUGUGUUGUAGAUUAUUGGUGACAUUUCUAUGCCUACAUAAAAAGGGCUAAUUUAAAAAUACAUGUCAUUUUUUUGUUUUAUAGUUAUUAGUCUGUGGUUUCUUUAUCUUGGCUCAUUAGUUCUUGUAAUUAUUUUAUUUAUAUUCACUGCUUUGA